GCAGAAUCGUCCCUCCUUCGCGCAUGCGCAUUUGCAGAGCCGCGUCACUGGGGCCGGAGAGCAUCUCGCGCGUCCUGUCUGUCUGAAGACAGCUAAGCAGCGGGGAAACAAUCAUGGGGGGAAUAAAAUUGCCUAGACAUAUGUUCUUGUGGAGCAUGUCCGUCAUCUACAUGUUUGCUUUCGCUUCCCUUUACGUGCAAAUCCCAGGUCUCUAUGGGAACGAGGGAAUCCUGCCGGCACGCUGGCAGAUGCGUUAUUUGGGCAAGUCGCUGCUGGAGCAGCUGAAAGAUUCUCCCACCCUGCUGUGGCUGGGACCCCAACUGGCCCUGGACACCCAGCAGGGCAUGGAGCUCAUCUGCCUGCUGGGGGCCACGCUGGCCUUCGGGGCCAUGGUGCUGGAGCCGCUGAGGGGUAGCCUGGUGUUCUUCAGCCUUUGGGUCCUCUACCGCUCCGUCUACCAGGUUGGUCAGGUCUUUCUGUACUUCCAGUGGGACAGUCUCCUGCUGGAGGCGGGAUUUCUAGCCAUCCUCGUGGCCCCCUUGAACUUGCUCUGGCAGUCCCCCGCAAAGCACCAUGACGCCACCACCUUCUGGCUGGUGCGAUGGCUGCUUUUUCGCCUCAUGUUCGCCUCCGGGGUCGUCAAGCUCACCAGCCGCUGCCCAACUUGGUGGGGCCUCACUGCCCUGACAUAUCACUACGAAACGCAGUGCAUCCCCUCGCCCCUGGCCUGGUACGCCCACCAACUCCCCGUGUGGUUUCAGAAGCUCAGCAUUGUGGGCACCUUCCUCAUCGAGAUCCCAGUCCCCUUUCUCUUCUUCGCUCCCAUUAGGAGACUGAGGAUCUUUGCCUUCUACGCGCAGGUGUUGCUACAAGUGCUCAUUAUCCUAACAGGAAACUACAACUUCUUCAAUCUGCUCACCAUCGUUCUGUGCUUCUCGCUGCUGGAUGACGACCAUGUCAACUUCUGGCUGAGACGUGGCAAGAAGACAAAAGAAAAAUCCGGCUACCAAGCUGCGAUUUCGUGGACAGCGUUCAUGACUGAACUGGGUGUCUACGGCCUGAUGUUCUACUGCACCACGCUGUAUUUUGGGCUGGAGAUCAACUGGGAGAAGAAGAGCGUGCUUUCAAAAACAGAAUUCACCUACCAUCAGUUCAACAGCUUUCUGAAGAUGGUCACCUUUCCCAGUAUUUGGCUUGGCAUGCUGUCUCUUGUCUGGGAGGUGGUCACGGCCAUGUAUAAAUGUGCCUGCGUUCAAGGAUUCUUCUGGAAGCUUUGGGCUACUGUCCAGUGGGCCGUCUUUGCCACAGCUGCUGCUGGCAUGUUUGCCAUCAGUUUGGUGCCGUACACUUACAUCGAGUACAACUCUCAUGGAAACCUCUGGCCGGACCUGCAUAAGGCAUACAGUGCGGUGAACCGCUACCACCUGGUUGGCUCCUACGGCCUGUUCAGGAGGAUGACGGGAGUGGGGGGCCGGCCUGAGGUGGUGAUUGAGGGCAGCAUGGACAAGAACACCUGGAUGGAGAUCGAGUUCAUGUACAAACCUGGUAAUGUGAGUGGUCCGCAGCCGAUGGUGGCACCCCACCAGCCUCGCUUGGACUGGCAGAUGUGGUUCGCAGCACUUGGCCCCCACACCCAGAGCCCCUGGUUUCCCAGCCUGGUGUACCGACUGCUGCAGGGCAAGAAGGAUGUGAUUAACCUGAUCCAGGUGGACGAGUCCAAGUACCCCUUCAGGCAACAGCCCCCCACUUUUAUCCGUGCUCUCCUCUACAAAUACCGGUUCACAGAUGCCCAAGAGAACGGGUGGUUCACCCAGCUGUGGUGGAGGAGGCGCUAUGUAGAGGAAUUUUUCCCCACCGUGCACCUGGGAGACCCUUUCCUGGAUGGUCUUCUCACGCAGUACGGCCUGAAGGACAAAGGCCUGACCCGCCGAAACUCGGAUGCAGCAGUCCCUUGGCUCCUGAGGCUCGUCAGGGAGCACAUCCAGACUAUGUCAGGGCCCCUCGUGCUUUGGUCCCUCUUCAGCGCUGGAGCCGCCAUCUGCCUCCUCAAGGCACUAUUCUCCUUGACCCCCAAGGAGAGCAAGUCUGUCCCCUCCAAGCCGAACAGUGGGAAGACCAAGGAAACGGACCCCCCUAGUUCGAAAAAGGACUACGUGCAGGAAAAAGAGGAGGACCUCUCUCCUGGCCACGAGGAGGAGGAGGAGGAGAAGGUGCAGAAUUUGGAUAACAACCCAGAAUAAAAGGAAGUGAUGUCACCCUGCCCAUAUCUUCGUAUUAAUGCAGUGGGUAACUCUCAGGUGCUUAUUCCCCACACCCAGGGAUGGAUUACGGACCGGGCCAGCGGGGCCGCUGCCCAGGGGCCCUUGGGGUGCAGGGGGCCCGUGGGGCCCCUAGCCCAAAACAAUUUGCAACGCUUAUCAACAAUGUAUUUUCAUUUGUCUAUUUUAGAGGGCCUACAUUCUUUGAUCCUCUGCCUACAAGGGCCCCUGACCCUAUAGGGAGGGCGUUUGGCUGCCAAGGGCCCUUGAAUUGUGGUGGUUGUGGUGGUGGUGCUGGUGGUGGUGGGGGGCCCUCGCAAACGUUUUGCCCAGGGGCUCACACAACCCAUAAUCCGUCCCUGCCCACACCCACUGCCUCUUGAAUGCUCUGCUUACUUUCCAUGUGGUUUCUGCUUCCACUCAAAGUAUGCUCUUUGACACUGUGCUCUUCCUUCUGUGAGAACACUUGCAUUUUUCUCACAAAGUGUUGCUCUCUUCCACCAAGAUUCUUAGUCCAGCUUGCUGGAACCACAGAGUUCACCCUUCUCCUGUUUCAGAAGUUACACAUUCUUUUGUAAAAGGUUUUUUUUUUUUGUUUUGUCCCAGAUACCCCGAGUCUAUGAAGUCGCUCGUCAUGAAGCUAUUGUGAUUAGAGCAUCAAGGCUUUUCCAGUUUGCCAGACGCAUGAAGAUUUUCAUAUUUGUGCAUUCGUAAUCGAUGUGCUGCAUGGUCUUUUUGACGCUACUCUUUAGAAACAUCUCAAGACGCAUCAGGUUGGCAGCGUGUUCAAAUAUGGCAGUGUUGGUGGAGUGUUCAAAAUAGCAAAAUCCGUGCCGUUCAAAAUCUACUGUGUCGUCAUCUUUGUUGAAGUAUGAACUUGCAUGACACAAGCGAAAUCUUAGCACCAUGGACUGGUUGCAGCAGUGGUCCUAUUUACAUUGUAUCAGUGGUUUGGACUAAUAACUUUAUGGAUUCCUUUUUAGUAGAUCCACCAAAGCAAAGUAUUUUUAUGUUUUUUUGAUGGCUGGUAAUCAAAGGAAACUACAAUGUCAAAGAGAACCUCUGCUAAGUCUUUCAAGGUUUUGAAAUGACAUUAAAUCCUUAUAAAGUUCAAAUGUUAAAAUGUUGAACUUGCUAAGUAAAGAGACUUUAUAAUGUGUAAACAGCCAUUUGUACUUGUGAGAGAGAAGAUGAAAGUGUCCUGUUGGCUUGUAGAACAGAGUUCUUAGGGUAAACCUAUUAGCCUCUUAGCUUUGGUGACGAUAAAUUAAAUGGUGUAAUAUUUCAGUUGGCUUGUGAAUCGGUCCUGGUGAAUCGGUCUUUCACAUGUGGCUUUUGUUGGCCUAACGUUUCAAAAGGACUUUCUCUCCUUGUUUAAUUCUGAAGUCGUCAGCAGGGUAGCAAAGUCUAAUUGUGAUAGUUGUCCUUGAACUAAAUAGUCUCUUUCCUUAUGGUGUUACCUUGGGUCUCUUAUGGAUGUGGACUCAUAUCCCUUCUGGGUUUUGAGAUGAAAAUAAGCCAAUCUGCUGGACCUGGACGCCAAAUACCUUGUGUUACUGACAGAGAUGGGAUGUCACUGCACACUUAAUGUCAUUAUGUGACUGAAGUGCCACCUAGGUGGUUGAGUUGGGUGGUCAAAACUGUUCCAGGAUCAUGUCCAAUUCUGUUUAAGUCCGGCUAUUCUAAUUGAUGUAGGUCGUCUUUCACUAAUGUGGGAUUUAUGAUGAGUUUUUUUCCCAAGUCUUCACUGUGCACCAGCAUUUUCUUUUAAAGCAACUAUUUUAUGUACUUUCCCAAACCAUAACUCCCUCUUAGUUAAAUAUGCAAAAUGAAAAAUAUUUUUAAUGGUUUUGGUCACAUAUUUGUAUAAUAAAGGUUAUAUAUGAAUGUCAAAA